AUGAAUCGGGAUUUCGUGUACGACCAUCAGGGGAGGCCGACGGCUUGGUCCAGGGCCGGCAGCACCCUGAACAGGUGGCUGUGGGGCGCGCUCUGCUGUGGAGUACCAGGUAUACCCUGCUACUUCUGUACUUGCUGCGAGAAGUUGGAUGAAACGGAGAGGGAACGCCCGAGAGUCAAUCAAUCAACAGCGACCGGCGAGCGUAUGUCUCGUCCACAUCGACCUCACGCGCCACGAGGAAGGAAGUCCACUCCUGAGAUGCUGUCAGCUGUCAGAUGUGCUCUGUCCCAGCUACAGGGAGAACCAGCUCCACCGCUACCUGCUACUCUAUCAGCGAGCCAUUCAUCACAACCUGGAUAG